CUGCCGUAAUUGAUGCUCAAUUUCUGAUUUUGCUACCAAAAAAGUAAAUUUGGGAUUCAGAGAAGUAAAGUUUUAGGACCGAGCUAGGGGUACAGCACUUGAUGUGCCUCGUUUGUACCCCAUGUACACCCACCCCAUCCACUUUCAUCUCUCUCUCUCUCUCUAUUUUCUUCGCUGCCCAAAAAGUCUUUUUUUCCAUUCUGGAAGCGGAACUGAAUGGAGUCUCUGUCGGCCAUCACUGCCGCUUUUUUCUUCCUCACCAAAAGCAUCGCCGCUGCUCUUUCUCGGUCGCCGCCACAUAUGUCUUCUUCUUUAAAAGUGGAUGAAGACAUCCGGGAAGAUUUGGAGCAUGGCGACGAAUGGGGAGACAGACAGAUCUACGAACGAUUGGAGCGGAAGAAGGGUCCAGACGCGGAAGACUAGACACAGAGAAUUUUCGAUCGGGAUGGAAGAGGGUUGAACGGACGAAGAACGACGCUGGUCUCGGAUUCGAUCGACGAAGACGGUAGGCGGCCAGCGACGAAGCACAGAACCCGCGAUUCUCACGUUCCAUAGCUCUUUUUCUGGCGAACCCCAAUCUCCGCCGGCGACUCCGAUUUCGGUCCCUAUUUCUUCAUCCUUCUUUGUUUAACAUACUAAUAAUAGAUUUUCUCUACUCUUAUUGUUGACCUUUAUUGUUCAUUGCCAGAUUACUUCUCUUUAAUAUAUGUGUUUUUGUCUUUUGGUUGUAUUUCUUGACAUCAUGAGUGGAUAGAUAUCUAGAUUUGGGUGUUGGAUUGUUUAGGUGUUUGAUAAUUAUUAUGCUUUGAUUCUUCAUUUGGAGGAUAAUUUGUGGAUCAAUCAUAAGUAGUUUGUGAUAGAAGAUUAUUUUGCCUUCUUGUUUGUGUGCCCCAAACAAGAUAGUGGUUUUGAAAACGAGUUUUCAAUCACCAAGGAAAUAGGUUUUAGCCUUCUAGUCUUGGUUCUUCACUCUUAAAUUCCUUCCAUGGAAGUGGUUAUGCAUUUGAUGUUGGGUGAAUUGAGUGCGGAGGCUCGACCAGGAAGGGCAGCCGGCCCUAGUCUUGGUUCGACCCAUAUGGCAGUAAAUUAGGUUUUUAAUU